UUGGCACACAAUGAAUAAUAAUAACAACGGUGUUACUGGUGUUACUGUUACUGGGCGUCAGUCAGCUGAGAGAAGGAGACGUUCGGUUCGGUGCCCGUUCAUUGUCAAACGGCGUAUCUAUCGAGCGGUACCGAGCAGUCUGGUCCCAGCUGAGGUUCAGUGGGGCGGAGAACGGAACGGAACACGAACGAACUUGUUUCGUCUUGUAUACGGGGCGCGCGUGUCCGAAUCCCGUUAGUUUUUAACAGUAAACGAAAAAGAUUCGCGUCCGAAUAAGAGUAGAAAAGGUUUUUCCACCCCGCAAAAUCGACAAAGAGAAAAACCGAAGAGUUCCUAAAUCCAACCCAAAGAAAGAACAAACAAAAAGAAAACAAAAGAAUAUAAAGCAAAUUAGAAAAGAAGAACUUUUCACAACACUCCUUUCAGAUUCAGAUUCAACAAAUUAACAAGAAAAAUAACAAUAUAUUUUUUUCAAAAUUUCACGUUGCCUUAUUGAAGUUGCUAAGAAAAAUGUUCGUCCAAGCUGAAUUUGCAAAAGCAGCGACUAACAAUAACAACGAUCAUCUAUCCGACCAUCAUCAUCAUCGUCGAAUGAACGCGUCCUCGGCUGUAGUCAGUUUUGAACACAUACUUCAAGACCUGGACCUGACACAUCGAUUCUGCAUGCCGAUCUGCUCGAAAGACAGUCAAAUACGCGAAGACGCGCUCGACAUGAUCUUUAAAACGGUCGAGGGAUGGUUGGAUGGUGUUGGUAGUCCGAAACAUUAUCGUUUGGACGAUAGAAUUCGCUUGAGAAGCAACUUCUGCAACGGGUGCGCUUGUUCAGCCGAAUUGACCGCGAAAAUACCUCAGGAGUACGUCGAACUGGUCUCUUUGCAUCUGCCCAUUAUACUACGCCUGUCCGUUAGCUGUCCGUUCGAUAAUGUCAGGGAAAAGUGUCAACAUAUCUUGGAAUUAGUGCAAAGUCGUGGUUUGCCGGUACCUUAUCCUGUGAUAUUGGGUCCAAGUGCUUACAUCGAUCCUGAAGAGUUGCCCAGUCUUGGAUCAUUCAACGAAAAGACGCAUACUCUCUUUGUGGAUGCGUUUCUUCAAAAUAAUCGCCUCGACCACGUUAGCCAGGUAAUGGGGUUCCAUCCUGCGUAUUUGGACCACUUCCUUAAGACUCAAAACUUCAUUUUGAGAGGUGAUGGACCACUUCCUUAUGCCUAUAGACAUUAUAUUGCCAUUAUGGCUGCUGGUCGCCAUCAGUGUAGCUAUUUAAUAUCCCUUCAAAAACAAGAAUUUCUUCUCCAAGGGGGUAACCCGGAUUGGUUGAAAGGGCUGGAACACAUUCCGGCCAAGCUACGCAAUCUGUAUGAUAUCGCAAAGAUCUUAGCUCAUCGGCCGUGGCUUCUCAACAAAUCACACAUCGCCAAAUUGACCAAAUGUAAUGAUAGUUGGUCUUUGGCCGAAGUCGUCCACGCAAUCGUCAUCUUAGCACACUUCCAUUCGCUUUGUUCUUUCGUCUUUUCAUGCGGUGUCAACCAAGAGGUCGAUCAAGCUGGUGGAUAUCGAUAUGAAACACAAGAUGAAGUUCAUAGAGCCGCUUUAGCUAUUCAUCAUCGUCAUAGUAAAACUGAUCCAAAAGAUAUUCCUGUUAAUGAUACUAGACAAGAAUGGAAAAACAGUAAUUGUACAAGAUCUAGUCCGCCAUCGCCAACCGAACCAGAAGUGGGUAUCUCAACGUUAAUGCAACGUAUGAAAACUUUAAGCGAACAGACUCAAGAGUGUACACCCGUUGAAUUAACGAAACGUUUUGAGAAUGUUGAAAGUCAAUCGGCGGAGUUAAACGCCGUAGGUCAAGAGCCACAAGAAACGCCGGCCGAUAUCGGAAUCUUCGUCGACGAUCCCUUGUUCCUUUACCAAGACUUUGCAAAACGUAGCGAUCAGGAAAUCUCGACGUUCCGCGUUCAGGACUACUCGUGGGACGAUCACGGUUACUCGCUAGUGAACCGUCUUUACAACGAUGUCGGUAACUUGCUCGAUGAAAAGUUCAAGACCGCUUACAAUCUAACGUAUUACACGAUGGGAGGACGAACGGACGUGGACACUUCGCGUUUCCGUCGUGCUAUUUGGAAUUAUAUACAGUGUUUGCUUGGUAUUAGACACGAUGAUUAUGAUUAUGGUGAAAUCAAUCAAUUGCUUGAACGGACUCUUAAAACGUUCAUCAAGAGCGCAUGUUGUUAUCCAGAAAGAGUUACUAAGAAGGAUUAUGAUAGAGUUCUCAGGGAAUUUAAACACAGUGAAAAAGUACAUGUAAACUUAAUGAUUUUGGAGGCAAGAAUGCAAGCGGAGUUGCUGUAUGCCCUAAGGACCGUAAAUUGUUACAUGACAAACUAGGAUAACCCAUUCGAGAUCUAGUCUAUUUAAAAAAUUAUUAAUGAAUUAAAAAAAAACUGUUUAGUAAUCCGAAAUGCUAAAAAAACAAAAAAUGAAAAAAAUCAUGUGUGAAUGAAAUUAUUCUUGUGCUGUACUGACAAGUAACCGAAUUAACCGGUAAUGAAAAGAUGGACGUACUCGACUGAAAACCCAUUCUUCUUCUAUAUAUUAUUAAUAGAAAGGUAAUGGAAGGGUGCGUUCCGCACAAAGAAUAUUAAUAAUAAUAAAUAAGAAUAAAUUGUCCAGAAAGGAACUGAUCGGUGUCCUAUAAUUAAUUUUUAAAGACACCACACUGAAUCAUGUUUAAUUUAAGGAUUAAAUGUAUAUAAAUAUUUGUAUAUGAAUAUUUUAAAAUAACGUUCGUUUGAUUUUGUGCUAUUUGUUUUUUCUUUUUGUUAUGUUCUAUAUUUGUUUUAUUAUUUUUUUUUUCUCAUAUAGUUGAAGAGUCCUUGCACCGUAUAUAUACUAUACUAAAAAAAAUAUAAAAAAAGUACAUAUUAUAUUAAAAAUAUAAACGCAUAAUUGAACAAAAUAUGACCAUUUCGUAUGGCUUAUAAAAAAUAUAUACAUACAUAUAAUAUAGACACAUAUUAUAAUUUUUUAAUUAUAUUAUAUGAAAAUAUAAACAUCACCAACGUACUACUCGGCUUGUGAGCACCCGUUUUUUAAAUAAAUAUGUAAAAGUAAAAUUUUUGUGAUCUGGUCGUAAUAAAAAAAUUUAAAAAAAAAAUGGGGGACAGACAAUAAAUGAUAGUGAAAAAUUACGACCGAUAAAUGACGAAUAUCAAAAUGAAAAAAAAAUU